CCUUAACCGGCCGUGAUGACUAAGCCGGUUGUCCCACUUCGCCCAGGGCAGGCACCAGCCAGCACACGAUACCUGCCCAUUGCUCCUUAUCAGCCUUGCCGUUCCGACAGUUUUCAAGGGGACAUAAAACUUGAAGUGCACCUUCCUGUAUCCUCUUGGCAAAUGCGUUAAAUAGGAGCCCUCUAUCUGAUAUCAUGAUAUCACCGAACAUUGGUCGUCCCGCUCGAUCGACAUCGUUCAACCAGCCAUAGCAAAGUUCUUGUCAGUCUCGGCUCUUACCAGUCUCACGUUCAGCACCAGAGCCCAACAUCAUGUCCGCCCCCAAGUGUGUGGUAAAGCUACGCGGUCGAACCAACUACGAAUUAUGGAACCGCGGAAUUCAAAACACGCCGAAUGAAGAAGGGCUAGAGGCAAAGGCUCUGACGCAAGAUCAACCACUUGACGGAUCUGCUGUUUGGGCCCGAAAGCUCAUUCGUAUCUACGAGAUUUUGCUCGAUUCACUUGACAACACCGUCUACCAGGGCCUGCAGGCUCACUCUCUGUUGAAGCCUGAUGUCGACCCGAAAGACCUGUACGAGUCGAUUACGGAAUACUGUCGACCCUCGGGUGCGCGCCGGGUUAACCUGGUUAAGAAGCUUUGGAAGGCAAGAAUCUAGAAUUCGCAACCGCCGAAGAGUACGUGGCAUAUAUGGAGUUCAUCAGAGUAUGCGUUGGAGAGGAUGGGUACAACUCCAUUCUGACCGAUGGUCUCUUCGAGGCUGUCUGGAGUACGCAUCCUGAGCUU